AUGUCAACCAACAUGGCAUUUGGCUUAGAGCCGCGAGAUGCCGCGUCGGACGCCAACAAGGGCAUAAUUGAAUUAUGGACGUUAUAUGCAAUUGGCGUUGCUGUAACAAUUCUUAGAACAUAUGCUCGGGGGAAAGCAGCAGGAUGGAGGAAUUUACGACUCGACGAUUAUCUUAUAUGGGUUGCAAUUUUACUCUAUACUGCACAAACAUCGCUUGCUUAUAGUGUGGGCAAUGUGUCUAAUGGCCUCGCCAACAAUGGCAUGUCACCCGCCCAGCGAGAGGCACUAUCGCCCGACGAUCCAAGUUACAAGCAUAGAGUGAUUGGCUCCAAAAUUCAAAUCGCGGGCUGGACUACUUAUGCGGCAUUGAUUAAUGCACUCAAAUUGUCCAUGCUGGCAUUCUACAUUAGACUGAUGGAGGGCCUUGGCCGGCGUUAUCAAAUUCCCAUUUAUGUUGGGUUUGUCCUUGUCAUCGGAAGCUUGCUCGCAAGUGUCAUCACGAUCUUUAGCGCAUGCCAACCAUUCCACAAAAACUGGCAGAUCAAUCCAGACCCCGGCAACACAUGCCAACCAGCCAUUUCGAAACCUGUCAUUGCAGUAACCUUCGCUGGAAACCUCCUUACCGAUCCAUAUCUCAUAUUUAUCCCAAUUCCCAUGCUUUGGAAAUCGAGUCUGAGGCCUGUGAAGAAGAUCGCGGCCACUAUCGUCCUCAGUGCGGGUGUCUUUAUUCUUGUCUGCGCCACUAUUAAAAGUGUUAUGCUCCUAGUGAAGCCUCAAGAUGGCGCAAAACUGGCUGAUGAGUGGGGCACCCGCGAAACAUUCGUCGCAGUCGUCACGACCAAUCUCCCCAUGAUCUUUCACCUGCUCAGAGUUUGGCUCAGCAAAGUUUUCGGCAGCCAGUUCCAGUCAUCCCACAAGACGCAUAAAUCGCCCUCGGCUGGUUUCCGGAGCAUUGGUGGUGGCGGCGACUUUUCCAGUCGGAAGAGUCAGGGUGCUGCUAGUUCGGAUCCUAUGACUAUUGGUAUGUCAUUUACCGAGAGUGAGGAGCGGAUGAUGGAAGAAGUCAAAUUGCAGAAUCUGAAGGCAUAUCCGGCACCUACGCCUGGCAACCAGGCCUCGGGUGCUAUCGUGGUCUCCAAUGAGAUUGAUAUCACCCAUGAGACUCGGGCUAAUCAAAAUAGUGAACAGCCUGUGAAGAAUGCACCUGGGGUAUGGUAA